UAUAUAUAACGGUCGCGACGACAGUCGUCCUCAUUACAAAAUACACGAAGCAUCGCAUCGUACGCAGAUAGAUCAGCCGGUAUAUACCUUCGUUCAUUGAUUUCUUCGUCAAACUAAUUUAUUAGUAAAUAAAAAGAGAAUCUUACGACAUUAUGUAUCUCUUGCCAUUGUUAUUCUCAAAUCUUCAUUUGGGAUUGGAUAUUCCUACCAAUGUGAUAGACCUCUCCGCUGGAACUCUCGGUAGAAACCUUGCUCGAUCGCGAUUACUCUCUCGCUUCCGUGAUCGUUCUUCGAUCAAUUUUCAUGGUCGCGAGGUUUUGAAUUUCAAUCCUUAUAUCUCAUGGAGGAACUUAAAUCGUAACAAACCUGUCAUCAGUACUACGAGUAUCGACAGUGAUGGCUUCAAAAUCACCGUAAACGUACAGCAGUAUAAUCCGGAGGAGAUCACCGUCAAAGUGGUAGACAAUUGGGUGAUUAUCAAGGGCAUACACGAAAAACAAAACAAGUCCAACGUUGGAUCUCAGCAGUUCGUGAUACGAUAUCUAUUACCUAGUAGCACCAACAUCGAGCAUAUAACAUCUUCGACAUCGAGUGAUGGCAUCUUGACGAUCACAGUACCGUUGAAGACAGAUCAAAAGGUGAUCCAGAUCGAGCAGAGCAGACAAUCGGUUUCUUCUAAUAAUACGGGACAGGUUCGUCCGGGACAAAUUGGCACGGAACAAAUUGAUGCUAGACAAGAUGGAUUUGCUGGCGCAAGACAAGCUGAAGUGGACGCGAGUUCUGCUGGUAUGGGACAGGCUGACCGCGUGGGACAGAAUUCUAGGAAUUAUGGCGAAACAAGAUGCGCUUGAAAUUUUCGUGUUUUUUUUUAAUGACACAUAUACCACG